AUGAUUAUCGCCGGGGCGCGUCAGACUCCGAACCUCGACAUUCGCACAGUUCGAACCCCGACUGCAGCCCAGAAGAACACAUCCCCUCCCAGAAUGCUGGUCUCUGAUCUCCUGGGCGACCUGUCCCAGCUGUGCUGGUUCUUCGCCCAGCUGCCGCAGAUCUGGACGAACUACCAGCACAAAUCGGUCGCCGGCCUCUCGCUGCCCUUCCUGCUCAACUGGCUCUCGGGCGAUGUGACGAAUCUGGUCGGCUGUCUGCUCACCAACCAGCUCGCCUUCCAGCGCAACCUGGCCAUCUACUUCAACUUCAUCGAUCUCGUCCUCAUCGCCCAGUUCGCGCUCUACUCGCGAGCACAGCCCCCAUCCUCUCAAGCUAUCGACAACCAGACCCAUCACUACACUCCUAUCUCAGAAACACAUCCGAGCAAUCCAAUCGACAUCGAAAGAACCCCGACUCACAGUAAACUCGGCCUAGAUCUCGCUUCUCAUCCCCAUCCACAACCGCAUCAAACCCCGAAAGCUGCCUUCCCUCAACCACUUCACUCAGGGACCCCACUUCCAUCCAAUCUACCCGCCAACAAUCCAUCGAACCCGCCCUGCUAUUCUCCUUCGAGAUUUACGAGAGUACUACGAUGUUGUAAUCUGAAAGCAUUCCUCUUCCUGGUGGUCUUUGCCUUUGUCGCCUUUCAGAUCACCAGCCACCACUCAUCAUCCUCAUUCCUCGCUCACAAAUCUAAAAACUCUCUCACUCGGCCAUGGACAAAUCACGCCCAUCCAACCCCAAGCUUUGAAGCACAUAAUCCGACUCAAGAUCGGGAUCUUAGUCACCCAUCCAGGCCUCCUCUAGGAAAGCUUAAGGCGCAGGAUGAGCUGGCGGAGAUCAAGGUGAUAGAUGAUCAGGGAACGAAAGAAUCGAUGAAGCAGACGAUCGGCAGACUGUCGGCCUGGCUCUGUGCAUUCCUAUAUCUGACCUCCCGCAUCCCGCAGAUCAUGAAGAACUACAGCCGGAAAUCGGUCGAAGGCCUCUCGAUCCUGCUCUUUGUCUUGGCCUUCCUGGGCAACCUGACCUACGUCCUCAGCAUCCUCAGCUCGCCCCAGAUCCUGCUCAGCCACCCCCCUGGCCAGAAGCCGGGUGGCCAGAAGCUCGACUACCUCAACGAGUCCGUGCCCUAUCUGAUCGGCUCCGCCGGCACGCUCUGCUUCGACUUGACCAUCUUCAUCCAGAGCAGACUCUAUCGUCCUCCUCCCGACACUUGUUCAUCCAUCCAUAGAACACGCUCCCCCCCUCCCUCCUCACCCUCAAUCACUUGUAGUAAUGUCAUCAAUCCUAGUCCUCCCCUACGAUCUCCAUCUACGAAUCACCCUUGCUUGGAUCCCGACCCCGACACCCGUCCUUUGAUCUCCUCUCGUUCUUCUACUUCUCUUGCUUAA